GCCACGACUGCACCAUGCUCCAUGCGACAGGGCCGGUCCAGCUAGCCAUGCCCACCACACUGCAGCAGUCGCGCCCGAUCAUGCGCGAGAAGCGCCGACUAUCAGACGCCGCCAUCGCGCCAGCGUAUCCCGUCAAACGAACGAGAUCAUUAACAGACUACGACUUCGAAGAAAUGCUCGCGACCGUCCUGGCGAUGGCGGAAGAUUUGUACCUGUUGCUUGACGUGGUCGCCGACAUAUGCCAGGACAAAAAGUGUCGGCGAUGCAACACACACGACAUCGAGACCCUUCGAAGGAACCUCAACGGCAUUGAGAACACCGUCAAGGAUCUGGACGAUGCCAAAGCUGUGGCGUGCAGCGUCCACGCCGUCCAAGCCAUGUGUGUUGAUUUGUUUGCCGUCCUCAAAUACAUCAUGGGAGGCGCCCACUACGGAGAUGUCGUUGCGCUCGACCUGGGCCACCUCGUCCUCGGGUGCCGCAACCAGUUUGCCCAGUUCAUGAUGCAAUACUCACUCAAUUAAACACAAAUCUAUCGACCAACCUCAGUAUACCAUAGGCAGUAUAUCGUCGUCUUGAAUUGUAAUAUCACGACCCCGGAGUUUACU